AUCUACAGUCUGUUUCUAUAACUGGCUAAGCGAAAAAAAUGGCUACGUAUGGUAACGAGACAGUCGAUAAUUAUAUUUACUCUACUUACAAUCCUUACUCUUAUAAAUAUCCUAAGUUUAAGGGCUGGCGGCAGAAAGCUUACUUUGCCAACUACGGCGAGGGCGAGGCCUACUUUGACAAUUACCACAGAGCGCAGCUCAAAUCCAUUCUGUCUCAGAUCAACCCGAACCUCACCCCGCGUCUGAGAAAGGCUAACACCAAAGACAUCGGGGUCCAGGUCAACCCGAAGACAGACGCGUCCAUCCAGUGCUCAUUGGGCCCGCGCACUCUUUUAGCCCAGAAGCGCGAUGCUCUCCGCAGGAGGCGGCAAGAGGUCCAGACUCCUGGGAGCCCCAUCAGCGGCGGCGUCCGGUUUCCGCGCACUCAGGCCGUAUAUUCUCCAGUCGCCUCUAGGAGAUUAGUGUCCCUCCUUAAGGAGGACCAGGAGGACACCGAGUCUGAGCCUGUGGCUCCCGAGGUGGAGAGCAUUGAGAAGGUCCAAAGUGCUGAGAAGGAUGUACCCAAGGAGGAUGCGCACAGCGAGAGCGCGGAGGAAUCCGACAACGAAAAGCUUAGUCCAGAGAAAGAUGACAAUAUCAAGGCGGAUGCAAAUGAGGAAAACAGAAGCGAGGCCGUGAAAACCGAACAGGACGAACAGAAGUCGAAGACUCGAGUGAGAUUCCAGUUUUUAGAGCAGAAAUACGGCUACUAUCACUGUAGAGACUGCAACCUGCGCUGGGAAAGCGCGUACGUGUGGUGCGUACAAGGCACAAAUAAGGUGUAUUUCAAGCAGUUUUGCAGAACCUGUCAAAAGGCAUUCAAUCCUUACCGCGUCGAAGACAUCACGUGUCAGACUUGUAAAAAGACCCGCUGCACUUGCUCAUUGACGUCACGCCACGUUGACCCCAAAAGACCUCACCGGCAGGAUCUGUGCGGACGCUGCAAAGGCAAGCGGCUCUCCUGCGACAGCACCUUCAGCUUCAAGUACAUCAUCUAGCGCACUUUUACCUGGCCGUUAAGCUUGCUUGUUGCCCAGCUGGAAUGUCCACGGUUUCAUUUACUUUUGUUUUGCCUUAAUUUGCACUUGAGGUAACUGUACAAAUUCUGGAAAAAAAUAAAGUGGCAAUUACUAGCA